ACCACGCACACCGACGGGCCAGUGAACGCAGCGACAGCGGUACAAGCAACGGGGGAGGAGAGGCAAGGAGAGUGGAAGCAACAACAAGACAAAAAAAAAAAGGCAUAUCUGCUUCUGGCCGCCUUGAUGAGUUGGCAUGCAUAGCCUUUGGCCCUGUUGUUUUACAUGCUCCAAUACACCAACAGAGCGGCCUUUUCCCCCUCCCUCAAUCUCUCACGGCUUGCCCGUUGCUCGAGACACUGGCAUACAGCGCAGCGCCCCCCUGCUCGUCCGCCGUCCAAUCUGCGUCGUCCACGAGAGCUGGCACGCCAUGCCAACGCAUCACAGGGCCCCAAUCGGCCCCCUUGGCCAACCCAGCGAGCUUCAACCAGCAUCAACCCACACCGUCUGCUACACCACAUCCUUCUCCAUUCACAAUUUCCGCCUCCAGGGGGCCAAUCGUCAACUACCAGACUGUUUCUCUCCUGCCACUCUCCUGCAGCAGCCUUUGAGGUACCGACCGCCAGCCCAGCCGUUAAUUACCCCCCAAAACCGUCUAGAGGAGGCCGGCAGACCGUCCCCCGAAUGCCACCCGAAUGCCACCCGAAUUCCACACCGCAAAACGGUCAGCUCGUCUACCCGCGCGCCGGAUGGGUUGCAUUCUAUGUUCCUGUCCACAUCAUUCGCUACUUUCGCUGCAUCGUGUACAACUUUCUCGUACCCAUUCGGCAACGUACGAAAACCUUCACGAUCUUGUGUUCGUCCGCUACCCAGCAAGUAGCCGUCCUCGUUCCCACUGUACGAGGUAUCAACUACUACGACUGGGCUAUUUGGUCUUGAUGUUACUGGUAGUCCAUCCUACAACCCUCCAAGGCUGUCGCGCUGGUAUCUAGGCUUCCCUAGUUAUAGUUCACCAGCUUCGCACGAGGUGCACCUCGACAACAAGACCGGAGCGCCCAUUUCAAACAUCACGCAUUUUCUGUCAUCCACAAUGACCAGAGCGGGAUUUUGGG